GCACAAGCAGAAUCGAAUUUUAUCAUGAUUCUGGAAGUAUGAUCAAGUACCACAAGAACCUCACUGCAAAGGGUUAUCGGGCACUUAUAUAUAGCGGUGAUCAUGAUAUGUGUGUUCCUUUCACUGGGAGUGAAGCAUGGACUAGAUCACUUGGUUAUAAGAUUGUGGAUGAAUGGAGGCCAUGGACUUCGAACGGACAAGUUGCUGGGUACACACAGGGUUACGAGAAUAACCUCACCUUUCUAACUGUAAAGGGGUCUGGACAUACAGUUCCAGAGUACAAACCACGAGAGGCGUUUGAUUUGUUUAGCCGGUUUUUGGCUGGAAAACCACAAUAAGAGAGCGAGAGCGAUGUUGCUAUUUAUUGCUUAUGCUACACAAAUUUUAGAGAGAAUAAAUCAUAUGGUCAGAAAAAGAAAUGUUUGCAUUACUAUUGAAUUAAACUACUUUUACAUUGACUCUGCUAA